CACAACCUUUGUCUACUACACGCUCUAGUCACUGCGAUGUCCCAGGCCAAUUUCUCGGAGUCCCAGUCUGUGGACUUGCACAUCUGUCGAUGGAAGUGGUGCAGUAACACAUUCCUCUCAAAGAAUGAACUCGUCCAUCAUGUCCUUGAUGAUCACGUACAAAACUCAGUCCCUUGUUCACGAAGAGAAUAUAGUCUCUCGAGGAAAGUAGAGGAGGGAGAAGGGGAGAGUUUGAACUUUCCUCGCGCAGGGAAUAGUGGUGGCAGAAGUCGCGAGAACGCAAUAGCUGAUGAUAUGUCUCUUUGAUUUUUGUGUAUCCUCCAUUUGGUCUUCAAAUUUUGGCCCUCCAGCCAAUCGUCAUCUGGACCUUACCAUCAGCUCGUCAUUACCGUCACCCCCCGCGUCGACACCUCCAAAUCUAUCUCCCCUUCCUCCAGC